AUGAUACAAAACAAAACAACAAUAAAAAAAAAACUAGUAGCUGCAGAACAGCUCAAGGAUAAUUUCGUUACGGUACAGUUGCACGGAGCAGGAGCCGAGCCGGGCCAAACUUUCAGCUGGUGCAAAACUUUCGACCGGAAUGCUUCCUUUGCCGGCUUAAACCGGCUUCGGUGGCUGCGCCCUUUUCGUGAAGCUUCCGAUCCGUCCACCAUCAGCACCAGCACUAAUAAUCCAACGACAAAGAACCGCAUCAUGCUGGUGGAGCAUCCGCUCCUGCGGUUGGCCCGUUUCUAUCGGGACGGUCUGCGGGACGCCGCACCCGACAGCCCUCUGUUCGUUCUGAGCCGAGAAAUCCGCUCCCGAUCGGGGGAUGCGAUCGACCUGCAGCGGGCGCCCACUUUCGAGCAGUUUCUCCGCUUCGCACUGUCGGACCGGAACCGGUGGAAUCCGUACGGCGCGUACUGGCAACCGUACAGCGUCGUCUGCGAACCCUGCCUGCUGCAGUACACGGCGGUGCUCAAACUGGAACCGGACUGGUUGGGGUUCGGCGCUGCUGAGCAGUCCGCCCGCGAGUGGCAACAGGAAGCGGCCCAACUGCGAGGGAUGUACCAAAUGGUUGGGGAAAAAUUGAUGGAACAAUUGAUGGACUACUACCGGGACGAUCUGACGGUUUUGGUCUACCAAGCGGACCGGUUCUACCAGGAGGUGUACCGAAAUUGGGAAAUCGAAAUAGUUCAGGUGAGACCUUAA